CGCAGAAAGUCGCCUGGUCAGAAACUACGACCAGUCGACUGGAAGAAUGAACGCUUAGUCAAGUUUGAAAAAGAGUUUUAUCGUGAAUCGUCCAGCGUUCGAAAACGCAGUUCAGCUGAAAUUAAACAGUUUCGCAAGGACUCAAAAAUAACUACUGAGGGAGAAGAUGUUCCGAGGCCAAUAUUUAAGUUCUCCGAAGCCGGAUUUCCCAAGUCGGUCAUGGAUGGCUGGCCAAUUGCUUUAAGCGGUAAAGAUGUUGUUGGCAUCGCUCAAACGGGAUCUGGGAAGACUGCCGCCUUCCUUCUUCCGGCUAUUGUACACAUCAAGGCGCAGCCGUCAAUGAAGCGACUCGAUGGCCCCAUAGCUCUGAUUCUGGUGACUACGCGCGAACUGGCCCAACAAGUCGAGAAGGUUGCCCGCGAAUUCUGUUCGAAUGCCAGUCUGAAAUGUCGUCUUCUGGACUUUCUCGAAACCAAGGACACAAAUCUGCGUAGAUGCACAUAUCUGGUUGUUGACGAGGCUGAUCGCAUGCUUGACAUGGGGUUCGAGCCCUCGCUUCGUCGAAUAAUAUCUCAGGUACGCCCGGAUAGACAGACUCUCAUGUGGUCUGCUACUUGGCCGAAAGAAGUGCGGUCACUUGCGCGCGAUUUCCUCCACAAGUUUGUCCAAAUCAACAUCGGAUCACAGGAUCUAUCUGCCAACCACAACAUAAAGCAGAUUGUCGAAGUCAUUCCCGAAUCUAAAAAUUUACCUCUUGCAGAUUUCAGGCGCGGCAAGGUCAACAUACUUGUGGCAACAGACAUCGCCUCGAGAGGAUUAGACAUUCAGGACAUAGGUUACAUAGUCAAUUACGAUUACCCAACUCAUGCCGAAGACUACGUCCACAGAAUUGGGAGAACUGGGCGAUGUCACAAUAAGGGAACAGCCUAUACUUUCUUCACGAGUGAUAAUCCACGCACGGCUCAUCAGUUAAUCAAAGUUCUGGAAGAAGCUAAACAGAAAAUCCCGAAGAAACUAGAAGAACUUGCUUCGCAUAUUGGCGGUGGCGGACGCGGUAGAUAUGGAGGCCAAAACGGAACGAAGGAAGUC